GAGGUUUAAAAGAGGUUUCAUAAAAGAAUUUUUAGUAUUACGAGGAAUAUAUAAAAUAAACUGCUCGAUAAACCUUUGUUCCUGUAACGUUUAUGCUAUUUCCUCAUAUGUUAUACCUUUAUUCCACAUAACUAAAUUUCUCAUCAUUUCUUUACAAUCGAUAUGACGGAUCAAGAGUAUUUAAUAUGGCUACAAAGCAGUAUAGAUUAUAUGUUUCGCGAGCAUGAUUUGCUUCAAAGCGCACUGGUAACACCGGGAUUCACGGGAGACAAAGUUGGGGACUGGGAAGAGAAGAAAGAAUAUGAGGGCAAUCGUACUUUAGCCCACAUUGGAGAUAGUAUUGUUCCGUUGGUUAUACGGCAUAAAACACUUCUUGUUGAUGGAAUGUCGCGUGCUGUGGCGAGUAAUAAGUCGACGUGUAUUACUAGCAGGAAACACCAGGAGGAAAGGGCAAAUCUCCUGGGGAUUGCGCCUCACUUGAAGCUGAAUAAGCGUCUGGAUGGAAAAGCAAAUUCAACUACGUUACGUCUAGCACUUUGUUCGAUUAUCGGUGCUGUUUGGCAGGAUUGUGAUCAUGACUUUACAAUCAUAACGAAAGUCGUGUAUCGUCUUCUAGUCGACCCAUUGGUUCAUGAUGAAAGCCCAACGAAUUCUUUCUCUAAAGAUGCAGCGGUCAUUGUUCCAAGCUUUUUUGACGACUGUACAUACGGCUACGAAAUCCCGAACGUAGAUUUAGCAAGCGGCUUUUUAGAGAUGCUAGGAGAAGAUCCGUUCGAAAUCCUCAAUCAUUCUCAGAUAUUUCCAGACGAUACGUGUUUAGAUACAUUCUUCAAUUCCGAGGCUAUGAAUAUUUUCGAUCAGCAGCAAGAUGUUACCGUAUCAAGUCAAAUACAAGAUGCCACGGCUCUGAGUACAGAAUCUUGUUUUUACCCAACGUCGUUCAUCCCGACGCUUUCCAGUGGCUCAUCUCAAAGUUCAAACACUAUUCAACCGAUGCAUAACUCUGAGGCCAAAACUGCUUCUACAAAAUCCAUCAAGAAAAGGAAAAGAGAGUCACAUUUUGAUAGCACUAUUGGUCGAGGAUCAACACCGGACUAUCUCAUUAAUUAUAUGAGACUCGAAAAAGAGCGAUGUCAUAAUUCGGGCUUUCCCUUUGCCAGUGAUGACUUUGAUACAGCGAUGAAGAUAGCUUCUCCUGGUUUGAAGCUAGGAGAUAUCAUCUUUCAUCAACUGAAGAUGCUAUACUUCACGAUUGGGAGCGGGGAGUCACUGGUGUCUUUGGCAAGCCUUCUUAAAAUCAGACGCCGCUCGAUAGCCGGAAAACAGCCUCCGGCAAUGAACUCUUUGACAAUAGUUGAGCGGAUGAAAAAAGUUGAGCUUCUUAAUACAAAGAUUGCUUAUAAUGUCUUCGAGAGGAGAUAUCACAUCUACCAUCUUUAUACUGAAAGUCGCGCAUUAAAUCAUAAAACGAGUGAUGGCUUUGUCAACACCACGACUCAAAGCAUGUUGACACAUAGUGUAUCAAGAAUGGGAAACCCUCUAAAUCUUGAUGAAAAGCAAGUCACUCAAAAAAUGCUUGAAUUGUUGCAUCCAGAUUUAGUUCCUGGCGGUAAAGAAUACCAAAAGAAGCUUAGGAGUAUUGGCAGGAUCAGAAAACUGGGCGAACGGUUUGAAAUUUUAGUUAGGAAGUUUGGGUGUGGUAUAAUUGGAUUACUACCGUUACCAGUAGAUGAUCUUACUACUGAGUCAGCGUUUCAUGCCAGUGAUAGUCUGUAAGUUAUUCUUAGCUUAAAUGUUGUAAAAGUGUAGAAGGUGGUAAUGGUCACACAAGAAAAGCCUUCGCAUAUACCAAGCAUAGAGCAAGUGGCUACACGUAGUAAAAUGGGGUGAAUCGCUACAUCGCGACAGCGAGGUGAGGGAGACGGUAGGAGCUGGGCACUCAAUUCUUCAGGAGACA